AUGACGAAGAUCAAGGUAGCUAACCCCAUUGUGGAAAUGGACGGUGAUGAACAAACAAGAAUAAUCUGGCAUUUGAUCAGGGACAAGUUAGUCUUGCCCUAUCUUGACGUGGAUUUGAAGUACUAUGAUCUCUCCGUGGAAUAUCGUGACCAGACCGAUGACCAAGUGACUGUGGACUCAGCUACUGCUACUCUUAAGUACGGGGUAGCUGUCAAAUGCGCAACUAUCACACCCGAUGAGGCAAGGGUCGAGGAAUUCCACUUGAAAAAGAUGUGGAAAUCUCCCAAUGGUACUAUUAGAAACAUUUUGGGUGGUACGGUGUUCAGGGAACCUAUUAUUAUCCCUAGGAUUCCGAGGCUAGUUCCUCAAUGGGAGAAGCCCAUCAUCAUCGGGAGACAUGCAUUCGGCGACCAAUAUAAAGCCACUGAUGUAGUAGUCCCUGAAGAAGGUGAAUUGAGACUUGUUUAUAAGUCCAAGAGCGGGACUCAUGAUGUAGAUUUGAAAGUGUUUGACUACCCAGAACAUGGCGGAGUUGCCAUGAUGAUGUACAAUACUACUGAUUCGAUCGAGGGGUUUGCGAAGGCCUCCUUUGAAUUGGCCAUUGAAAGGAAGUUACCAUUAUAUUCUACCACCAAAAAUACUAUCUUGAAGAAGUAUGAUGGUAAAUUCAAAGAUGUUUUCGAAGCUAUGUACGCUGAAAGUUAUAAAAAGAAAUUUGAAUCUCUUGGCAUCUGGUAUGAACACCGUUUAAUUGAUGAUAUGGUAGCCCAAAUGCUGAAAUCUAAAGGUGGGUACAUAAUUGCCAUGAAGAAUUACGAUGGUGACGUAGAAUCAGAUAUUGUCGCGCAAGGAUUUGGCUCUUUGGGGUUAAUGACGUCUGUGUUGAUUACUCCGGACGGCAAGACUUUUGAAAGCGAGGCCGCCCACGGUACAGUAACAAGACAUUUUAGACAGCAUCAACAAGGAAAGGAGACUUCAACAAAUUCCAUUGCGUCUAUCUUCGCGUGGACAAGAGGUAUCAUUCAAAGGGGUAAGCUUGAUAAUACUCCUGAUGUAGUCAAGUUCGGCCAAAUUCUGGAAAGCGCCACGGUAAAUACGGUGCAAGAAGAUGCAAUCAUGACUAAAGAUUUGGCACUCAUUCUGGGUAAGACUGAAAGAUCAGCUUAUGUUACUACCGAGGAGUUCAUUGACGCGGUGGAAUCUAGAUUGAAAAAGGAAUUUGAGGCAGCGGCUUUGUAG